UCUUGGGAUGGGGAGGGUUUCAGCAUUGGUGGCUGCAGCUGUGCUUCUCUCAGCUCAGUGAAAUCAGAGAUGACUGGCCCCAAAGGCCCAUAAACUGCCUGCACAGACACAAUGUGCUGCUCUCACAGAGAUGGCUACAUCACUAUCAUUCCAAAGGAAAGUCUUGUUGGCUGUGGCCUUCUGUUACUUGCCCUGCAUCACUUUGUCCCUCAACCUGGAGGAUCCCAAUGUCUGCAGCCACUGGGAGAGCUACUCUGUGACAGUGCAGGAGUCAUAUGCCCAUCCUUUUGAUCAGAUUUAUUACACCAGCUGCACCGACAUCCUCAACUGGUUCAAGUGCACCAAACACAGAGUAAGCUAUAAAAUAGCAUAUCGUAGUGGAGAGAAGACCAUGUACCGGAGAAAGUCUCAGUGCUGCCCAGGCUUCUAUGAGAAUGGAGAGAUCUGUGCUCCUCAUUGUACAGAUAGCUGUAUUCAUGGCCGCUGUAUGGCACCCAACACCUGCCAGUGUGAGCCAGGCUGGGGGGGCUCCAAUUGCUCAAGUGCUUGUGACAAUGAUCACUGGGGUUCCCACUGCAGUAACAGAUGUCAGUGCCAGAACGGAGCUCUGUGUAACCCUAUCACUGGAGCCUGUAUCUGCACUCCUGGAUACAGAGGUUGGCGAUGUGAGGCCCGGUGUGACGUAGGCACCUAUGGGAAUGGAUGCCAACAGAAAUGCCAAUGCCAAAAUGGCGCUGCCUGUCAUCAUGUGACCGGAGAAUGCAAAUGCCCACCAGGAUACACUGGUGCUUUCUGUGGAGACCUAUGUCCACUGGGUAAACAUGGGGAGCAGUGUGAGGAGAGGUGUCCAUGUCAGAAUGGAGGAGUGUGUCACCAUGUGACCGGAGAGUGCUCCUGUCCAGCAGGAUGGAUGGGAACAGUGUGUGGACAGCCAUGUCCAGAAGGGAGAUUUGGAUCGAACUGUUCCCAGGAAUGUCAGUGUCACAAUGAUGGCUUUUGUGUGCCAUCCACUGGACAGUGCCUGUGCAGCCCUGGAUACACAGGAGAACGGUGCCAGGACGAUUGUCCAUUUGGUACUUACGGUCCUGGCUGUGCAAAGACAUGUCAAUGUAAAAACAACAGCAAGUGCUACCACACAAAUGGAAUGUGUCUGUGUGAGCCAGGAUACACAGGAGAGAUAUGUGAUGUCCGAUUGUGUCCUGAAGGGCUCUACGGCCUACGUUGUGAUAGGAAGUGUCCAUGCUAUGUCCGGAACACUCAUAGCUGCCAUCCAAUGUCAGGGGAGUGCACAUGUUUGCCUGGUUGGUCAGGUCUGUACUGCAAUGAGACGUGCGCCCCAGGAUUUUAUGGCGAGUCCUGUCAGCAGGUGUGCCAGUGCCAGAAUGGUGCUGAUUGCCACAGUGUGACUGGAGAGUGUAUUUGUGCUCCAGGCUUCACGGGUCCCACCUGUUCAGUCCCGUGCCCAGUAGGGACGUAUGGUGUGAACUGCUCCUCCAGCUGUAACUGUAAGAACAACGCUCAGUGUUCCCCUGUAGAGGGAUCCUGCUCCUGUAAACCAGGGUGGCAUGGGGUAGACUGCUCCAUCAACUGUCCCAGUGGCACCUGGGGUUUGGGCUGUAAUCUCACAUGUAUGUGUGGAAAUGGAGGAGCAUGUAGCCCCCUGGAUGGUCACUGUACCUGUGCUCCAGGAUGGAGAGGAGAGAGGUGCGAACUCUACUGUCAGGAUGGUACCUAUGGUCUAGAUUGUAAAGAACAUUGUGAUUGCAGUCAUGCUGAUGGAUGUCACCACUCUACUGGUCACUGCCGCUGUUUGGCUGGAUGGACUGGUAUCCAUUGUGACAGCGUGUGUGCCGAGGGCCGCUGGGGUCCAAACUGCUCCCUCCCCUGUAACUGUAAGAAUGGAGCAUCCUGCUCUCCAGAUGAAGGAACCUGUGAGUGUGCUCCAGGAUACAGAGGCCCAACCUGUCAGAGAAUCUGCUCACCAGGUUACUUUGGUCACCGCUGCAGUCAGACUUGUCCUCAGUGUGUCCAUAGUAAUGGACCGUGUCACCAUGUCACAGGACAGUGUGAUUGCCUGCCAGGCUUCAAGGGAGCACUGUGUAAUGAGGUGUGUCCCAGCGGUCGUUUUGGGAAGAGCUGUGCCUGGAGCUGCAGCUGCACAAACAAUGGAACCUGUCACCCCAUUGAUGGCUCAUGUCAGUGUUAUCCAGGAUGGAUUGGCAGUGAUUGCUCCCAGUCUUGUCCACCUGGUCACUGGGGACCCAACUGCAUCCACACAUGUAACUGCCACAAUGGAGCAUACUGCAGCGCUUAUGAUGGAGAAUGCAAGUGCAGCCCAGGGUGGACUGGCCUCUACUGCACACAGCGCUGUCCAUUAGGUUUCUAUGGGAAGGACUGCUCUCAGAUCUGCCAGUGUAGGAAUGGAGCCGACUGCGACCACAUCUCUGGACAAUGCACGUGUCGAACUGGCUUCGUGGGGAAACACUGUGAACAGAAGUGUCCUCCUGGUUUGUACGGUUAUGGUUGCCAUCAGGUCUGUGACUGUCUAAAUAACUCCACCUGUGAUCACAUGACUGGCACGUGUUACUGCAAUCCAGGCUGGAAGGGAACUCGAUGUGACCAAGCUGGAGUGGUUGUGGUGGGCAGCCUCAACACUUUAACAGCCAUGCAUGUAGACACUUACCAGAUCGGAGCCAUCGCGGGAAUCAUCAUCCUAGUUCUGCUUGUGCUCUUCCUUCUGCUCCUGUUCAUUAUCUUCAGAAAGAAGCAGAAGGGCAAAGAACCCACCAUGCCAUCUGUGACCUACACUCCUGCUGCAAGGGUCGCUACUGAUUACACUAUAGCAGGUGGUCACCCAGCAACAUGUGAGCCCCAUCUGCGCAACUAUUUCUCCAACCCUAGUUACCAUACUCUGACCCAGUGCAUCAGUGCCCCGCAUGGUCCAUAUGGAAAGGUCAAGAACAACCAGCUUUUUGUAAACAUUAAGAAUGUGGAUCAGAGAAAAUGUGAACUUCUUGGUGAUCGUAAUGGCACCCUACCUGCAGACUGGAAACAUAGGGACUGCUUGAAUGAACUGGGAGCCUGUGGAGUUGAUAGGAGUUACAUGGGGAAAUCUUUAAGAGAUCUGAUGAAGGGCGCACCCCAUCAUGCCAGCUCCUGUUCACUUAACAGCUCUGAAAACCCAUAUGCUACAAUAAAGGACCCUCCUGUACUGAUAACCAAAAACACCGAAUGUGGCUAUGUGGAAAUGAAAUCACCAGCCAUGCGGGAUUCACCAUAUGCUGAGAUUAGCAAUAGAAGCCCAACCAAUAACCAGAAUGUCUAUGAAGUUGAUUCAACUGUAAGCACCAUACAGUACACUGGAGAUAACAGUGGCCAUGUGAAGUUUGGGCAGGAUCCAUAUGAUUUACCAAAAAACAGCCGCAUCCCCUGCCAUUAUGAUAUCCUGCCAUCCAGAGAGAGUCCUUCCUCAGAGCUCAAGGAGCUGGACAGUGAAUAAUGCCAUAGAGACUCCAAUCUGUGUUCAGGCCUCACCUCCAGGCUGUAGCUUCAGCAUUGCAUCUUCUACAAACUGCCCACUUUUUAUUCAUAAUAUACUAGCCCUUAUGUUAUAUUUUUUACACUGUUGUUGUAAUUAUGUAUUAUGACUACAAAUUGGGUAUAUACAGUUAGGGUCAUAAGUUUCCAUACUCUCAUCAUGGGCAUGAAUGUCAUGGUAAUUUUGGGCACAUUAAAUUAUUUCUUCAAACUGUCCUUCCAGGGGAAUAUACAGCAUACAUGACUUCAAAAGUUUUAAUUAUUUUAAAAAACAAGAAUUGGGUGCACCAGUCUGAAUUUAUUUGAGAUUUUUUUCUAAUCCAUACAAGGUCAAAAUUAUACAUGCAGGCUCAAAUAUAUACACCCCCCACUAAUAUUUGGAUAAAUGUCCCUUACCAAGUUACACCUUGACCAGACACUUUUGGUAGCCAUCAACAAGUUUCUGGCAUAAUUCUGGCUGGCAGGAUAUUUGACCACUCUUCUUGGUAGAUCAUUAAAUUCAAGUUCAUUAAAAUUGGUUGGCUUCCUGGCACAGACCCAGCUUUUAAUUAUAGUCCACAAAUUUUCAAUAUGAUUGAGGUCGGGGCUUUGGGAAGGCCAUUCUAGAAGCUUUGAUGACAUUUUCAAGAUGUUUUGAUAUGCUUUGUCCUUUAAAUUGUCCUGUUAAAACACCCAAGUUUCAACCAUCUAGCUGUUGAAUUGAGGUAAAGUUGAACAAUUUGGAGAGUUAGGGUUAGGGUGUUCUUUUAUUAUUCCAUCGAUUUUUGUGCAAUGUACCAGUACCACUGGCAGCAAAACAGCCCUAGGGCAAAAUGCUACCACUAACAUGCUUGACAGUUGGUAGUUUUCUUGGGUUUGAAAGCCUCACCUUUACUUCUCCAAACAUACCUCUUACUUAGCUUGUCCAUGUGGACAGCUGCAAAUUUAAUUCAAGCUUAAAGGUGUUGAUUUUGGCUUCUUUCUUGGUGAGCACCCUCUCUGUAGGGUGAUGUAAAACUCACUUCACUGUGGACAGUGACACUGGCAUUCCAGCAGUUGCCAGUUCAUGCAAACCAAUUUCCUCUCAUCUGAAGGUGAAAAUAUGAUUAUUUUUCCAGACACUGGCAAAUGGCACCACAUCCAAAUAACUUGUAUUAGCCUAUAUCUAUAAUUUUGAUCCUGUGUGAAUUGGAGAAAAUACAAAAUACAUUCAAACUUGUGCACCCAAUUCUUUUCCUUUUUUAAAGUCAUUAAAGAUAUAUACUAAAAAAAAAAAUCAUUCUGUCCUGGAAUGAUUUUUUACAUACACCCCAUGAGUGUAUGUAAACUUCUGACCACAACUAUAGUUCUGGAGGUUUUUUUUUUUUCUUUUUUACAGCUCUUGCUGUAAGUGCAGUGAAGUCCUCUUGGUCAUGUCACAGAGGAGAGCCUCAGUUUGCUACACAAAGCAGUUUGUUUCCUAUGUUGAUCAGCUAAAGCUAAAGGCAGUCUUAAUACCCUCAUGCAAAUGGCCAUUCUCACAAGUGACCUGAUGUGUUUGUCAUAGUAUCCUUCUGACUGCUUGUCUGAUAUUGCUCCAAGAAUUCCUUGUGCUGUUGCACUUUUUAGUCUCCAAACAGCAACUUCUACAAAUAGCACUAACACACACCUUCAGAUGGUUGAACUAAUUGGUACACAAAAAAUAGUGGACUGCCAUCCAUUUAAUUAACAUGGGUCUUCCCAUAACUUUCAAAACUUGAUAUGCACAAUCCCAAACAAUUCCAGUAUAUGCUGUUAAAAAAUCUGAACACUUUGUUUCAAGCUUACUAAAGACUUUGCAUAUAGCAUGUAAUAUCAAUCAAAUCUUUAUUUUUAUAGCAGCAGAAUUAGAUAGGAGGUCAUUUGGUUGAGUUUAUGCAAUUGUCUCAAAGACUACAUGUUUGCUUUCAUGAUGAAAAGUUAAAGAUUAUGGCAGCUGAAAAUGUAUUUGAUUUUUUAUAUAGUAAUCACAGCAAAUGCAAUCAGUGUUAUAUUAGUUGGCAAGUAAACCAAAGGUACAAGUGCCAUUUAAAAAGAAGUUUAUUGUUGCUAUUGUUUGUUUGUUUUUGUAUAUAUUCCAUGAGAUUUUGAGCUUCUCGUUCUAACAAUGUUUUAACUACUGUGAUUUUCAGUAAUUUCCCACUUAUUUUACAAUAUUUUCUUAGUGGUGAGUCAACAUACAAAAAAAUAGAAGAUGAUUAAAGGUGAUUGUAUUUCAUUUCACAUGAAAAUGUGACAUUAAAAUUUGUGACUUUCAGUACUCCUUGGCCCCUGUUGACAUUUACAGUAGCUCUUCUGAGCUUGAUAUUCUACACAGUUGUAUAUCAAAUAGUAGCUUGUUCACCAUACUGCUGCCCCAGGGCCCAUGUUCAUUGUAAUGUUUUUGUUUGUUUUUAGCAUGUGAUUUGUAUUUCGAUAUCUCAACUUCAGUAAAAUAUGAUGCAUUUUGAA